AUGGGCGGAGCCUUCACCCUCGGCCGGCUCAAGCCGAUGAUCGCCGCGACAGCUUGGAUCGCUCCGAACGCUCAUGUGGUGGGCAAUGUGGUGCUCAGAGAUCGGGCAUCGAUCUGGUUCGGCGUUGUCGUGCGAGGAGAUAACCCGGAGCCCAUCACCAUCGGAGAGCGCACGAACGUCCAGGAGAACUCGGUGUUGCACGCUGAUGCGGGCGUGCCGCUCACUCUCGGCAACGACGUCACGGUCGGCCACUGCGCGAUGCUCCACGGCUGCACGAUUGGCGAGCGGCGCUGGCCGGCCAUCUUAGGCGACAACUCGCUGAUUGGCAUCGGCGCGACGGUGCUGAACAAGGCGGUCGUCGGGAAGAACUGCCUGAUCGGGGCGCACGCGCUGGUGCCCGAGGGGAAGGCGCACGCCUCACACGUCAUCCCAGACGGCUCCCUCGCCAUCGGGGCUCCGGCGAAGGUGGUCCGGACGUUGACGGAGGACCAGAUCAAAGGCGCGCAACCCUAG